UAUAUAUAUAUUUCCCCACAUCAGGUCCCCUUGACUGUCUCCUUCACAGUGGGCGCGCAGGCAGACACAGCUGACUUUCAACCGAGCUGGCCGCUGUCCUCACAGUACAGGUGAAAACAGGGACCUUGCAAUGAUCUCGCUGGACUUCAAUUUCAACAUUUUGACAAGAGACCUGUCACAUUAUCUGGAAAAUCAAGUGAAAGUCGGGCUGUUCGGAUCGGGUGUAGGACUGUCUCUAGUACUGGGCUUUAGCGCAGCGUACACCUGCUACUAUCUGCUUUCAGUAGCGAAGAAACCACAGCUCAUCUCAGGGGGUAAGAAGUUCUACCAGUUUCUGAGGGAGCAAUGUCCGGUAGUGUCAGAGACCUACUACCCCACCUUUUGGUGCUGGGAGAGCCGCAUCCAGACUCUGCUGAGACCCUUUGUCACAGCCAAACCUGGGGUCGUCUAUAGAAAUGAGCUUAUUAAGGCAGCAGAUGGAGGACAGAUCUCUUUGGAUUGGUUCGACAAUGACGACAGCUUCUCUCAUCCCGACCCUGCCACCAGACCCACAGUCCUCCUUCUCCCCGGUCUGACCGGCACCAGCCGAGAGUCCUACAUCCUACACAUGGUCCAACAGAGCCGGGAUCUGGGCUAUAGAUGUGUGGUAUUCAACAACAGAGGGGUUUCCGGGGAAACGCUGCUGACCCCAAGGACCUACUGUGCAGCCAACACAGAGGAUCUGGAGAUGGUUAUUGAGCACAUCCAGAGGACUAAUGAAGCUGCUCCAAUCAUGGCUGCUGGAGUAUCAAUGGGCGGGAUGAUGCUGGCCAACUACUUGGGGCGCAAAGGCCAGGAAACCUGUCUGAAAGGGGUCGUAGUCUUCUCAGCAGGCUGGGAUGUAUUUGAGUGCACCGCUUCACUGGAAAAACCCCUGGACCGUUUCAUCUUCAACUCCUACCUCACCAGCUGCCUACAAGCCUCUGUGCACAGACACAGACCAGUGCUUGAAAGGUGUUACGACAUCGAUCAUGUUAUGAAGGCAAGGACCAUUCGAGAAUUUGACGAGAGGUUCACCUCCAUAAUGUUUGGCUAUCCUACCAAUGAUGACUACUACCAUGAUGCCAGUCCUGUCCACAGGCUGAAAUCUGUGCAGGUGCCAAUGCUGUGUCUGAACGCUGCUGAUGAUGUCUUUUCCCCGUCUCAUGCCAUUCCAGUGGAGGCAGUGAAGCAGAAUCCAAACCUGGCCCUGCUCAUCACCUGUCACGGCGGCCAUAUUGGUUUCCUCGAGGGCCUGUGGCCUCGACAGAGCACUUAUAUGGACCGAGUCUUCAAGCAGUUUGCUAAGGCGGUCAUUGAACAAGGCAGCCGACUCAAAGACCUCUCCUGAUGAGAGAACUUAAAGUGUUUCUCUAGUUUUAUUAUUCUUAUUCCUUUCUUCUUUCCUUCCUUUUCUUUCAUUUUUGCCAUCCAUCUUUCCUUGCUGCAUUCCAUCCUUUAUUCCUUCCAUUUCUAAUUCCAUUCUUCCUUGUUUUUGUACUACCUUCCUUCCUUUGUCCCUUCCUUUGACCUUUUUUCCCUCUUUCAUCCUUGCCCUUCAUCCCUCCUUCCUGCAUUCCAUCCAUCCUUUAUUCCCUCCCUCUCUACCUAAUCCUAUUCUGUCUAUUUCCUUCCUUCCAUUAACUUUUUAUCUCUGCCCAAAUCCUUCCAUCUCAUUCUUCCUCCUGCCACAAGCAAAAAAACAUUCUUUCUCAUUUGAAAGGCACAUCCUAUUGAAUGCAGCGUUUGUGUUGCGUUCAACAUUAAUUUAUUUAUUCCACACAGUUAACAAGUCAUUGUAUGUAAUCAUACUCUAAAUAGUAUGCUUAUUAAAAAACAGGCAUAGCUGUUGAAAAGCUGUCACUGUUGAAAAGCUGAAUCUGUGCCCAUCUUGUUUAGUUGCAUUAGCUAGCUAAAAUAUUAUGCGAUUACCUUGUGCAAUUAUUUUCUUUUGAAGUUAACACAAGUACUGUACAUGAAAAUCCAAUCAUCUUUGUUCAUGAAGCGUCCUUUAGUACUCAUAUCAGUAGGAUUUUAGCCCUCAGGGAUUGUCUUUCUUUUCUCAUACUUCUUUCCUUCCUGCGUAAUUUUGUUUUGUCAAUCAUUCUCCUUUAGUUUGUAUUUUCCUCGUUUAAAGAUAGAUGUUAUUUACCACUGGCAUAUGGUUGUUUUUUUGCCUUUAAAGUAAUAGUUCAAUAUUAUGGGAAAUACGUUUAUUUGCUUUCUUGCAGAGUUAGAUGAAAAGAUUAUUUAACUUCAUUAAAUAUGAAGCUACAGCCAGCAGCAGAUUAGCUUAGCUUAGCAGAAAGACGGGGGGAAACAGCUAGCUUGGCUCUGUCCAAAGGUUAAAAAAAGUUUUGUUAUCUUUGGCCAGAGCCAAGCUAGCUAUUUGCCACAGCUUCGAGCCUUCAUGCUAAACUAAGCUAAGCAAAGCAGUUGCUGCAUAUUUGACAUGCAGACAUGAGAGUGGUAUCAGUCUUCUCAUGUGACUCUUUGCAAGAAAGCGAAUGAGCGUAUUUCCCCAAAUGUCGAACUGUUCCUUCUUUUAACCUUUUGCAUGCACUUUUACUUUCACACAUUCUACCUUUACGCACACCAAAUAGUUCUACAAAUGUAUAAUAUGAAGAAUAAUUCAUUAAUGACAAGGAAUGUGAAAUUGCACUAUUUUAGUUGAUACUAUCAUGCCUCUAAUUCCUUAAUGCAAGGCACUUCAUUUCAAAUCGAUAUAUGAAAGUAUAUCCCAAAGGCUGAACAGAGCAGUAUAUGAAUUCCAUGAGGUUUUCUUUGCAAAAAUGUUGGUGGUUAUCAAUGUUAGCCAGUCUGAUGGCGCUAGAUACAGUGAUGUGAAUGAAGUAAUGCACAUAGGAGGACAGAAAGUGUACAUAUUGGCUGUUUGAAGUGAUGGAUGUUGCUUUACAAGAUGCAUAGUAUUGUUAAUGGAACCUGGUUAUCAGUCGUUUUUGUUUUUGUUUCACCAACAAUGAUCAUUGGGCUGGCUACCGUGUAUGAGUUGGCAUUGACGAAACGAGCAGAUCUGACUGGUGGCCAGAUUUUCAGUAAUGCACUGCAUGAGGGAUUUUGACUUCCUGUUCCUGUGGAAUUUUGGUGUCUGUUUGUUCUGCCAAGUGUCCAUUGAGUAGCAUGUGUCUCAUCAGCAUCAUCAUGUCCUGAACCUUAACAUCACUUUGUAAUCUGUAGCACAAAGGACAUGUUUGUUUUUUCAUAGGAGGCUGCAUUUCAUUUUGUACACUACAUAAAAAAGAAGAAAAAACAUAAUGUUUAACAUGUGCAGCAAUAAUAUUAAUUAAAUAAAAAAAAUGUCUCUAUAGUAUAAGUACCAGUAUAUGCACAUUAUCAACAUGAGUGUAAUAUUCUGUAUUUAAUAAAUUAUUAAACAGAGUCUAGGUGAA